UUGUUAAUGAUGUCAACUCUGAAGUUGGAUAUUCCAACUUUUCAGCUCCGUUGCGACCGGUUGUAUAAGGAUUGGAAGAGUAACCCUUCAAGCCAGUUGUAUGAGGUUGAUGCAUUGGUUAUACCCGCAGGAAAAUUUGAUAGCGUCUACGGGAAAACACUUUCCCUUCACACUUGGCUAUUUGGAUAUGAGCUACAGGAUACCGUGAUCGUGUUUUGCGAGAAAUCCGUUUUGAUACUCUGCGGGAAGAAGAAACUCGACUUCUUACAACCAUUGCAGAAAAGAAAUGACGAAAAUCGUGAAGUGAUUCUCAUUCCCCGGAAUCAAGCAGACAACGACAAGGCUGGAAUAGAAAAACUUAUCGGUGCGAUAUCCACCAGCCGCAAGGGCCGAGUGAUCGGACAUCUCUCGAAGGACAAGUUUUCUUCGGAACUCACGAAAGCUUUUCAGUCGGCUUUGAGUUCCGGCAGUUUCGAGCUGCGAGACGUAUCUGGUUCGCUUAGUGAUCUCUUUGCUGUGAAGGAUGAAAACGAGUUGAACAUUCUGAAGAAGGCUAGUGCUGUCACUUGCAAUAUUUUCAGCAAACACCUAAAGGAAGAGAUAAUGGAAAUAAUUGAUUAUGACAAGAAAGUAAAGCACGAUAAACUUUCCAGCGGCUGUCAUUCAGCCUUGAAGAAGACAAAUCUGCUCAACGGACUCGAUCCGGACAGCUUGGAAAUGUGCUAUGACCCCAUAAUACAGAGCGGUGGCAACUUCAAUUUGAAAUUCAGCAUAGAAAGCGACAUUCAAAACUUACAUUUUGGGACGAUUAUCUGCGCCCUCGGAGUUCGCUACCAAUCCUACUGUUCUAACGUGAUUCGCUCUUUGAUGGUCAACCCAACUGAAGACCAAGCAUCGGUUUACGCUUAUCUGCACGAUCUGUUCGACUGGGCAAUUGCAGCCAUCAAACCAGGUGUGAAAAUUGCUGAAUUCUGUCAAUCCAUCCAGGAUAAGGUGCAAUCUGAACGACCCGAGUUGGCUGACUGUCUUGUUCGGUCUUAUGGCUUCGUCACUGGUAUCGAGUUCCGCGAUUCCCACCAACUGCUUACUUCUAAAAGCACUGGCGUGUUCCGCGAAGGAAUGACCCUGAACUUCAAUAUUGGUCUUCAGAAUGUGAAAAAUCCAAAAGCUGAAAACACUAAAGAUAAGCAAUAUGCCUUAUGGUUGGGCGAUGUUGUGGGUGUUGCUACCGAGGCGGACGGGUCUAACACAGUAUUCACGCUGGCCGCGAAACGCCGCCCCAAAUCAGUCAGUUUGUACAUUCGAGACGAGGAAGAGGACGAAGAGAAUGAUCAGGGCGAGGACAAUGCUGCCGCGGAGGGUUCGAAGAAAUCGUCCAGUAAACGGGAUUCUGCUCUAAACGGUCUUGAGAAACGUUCCAUACCAAAUGGUGAUGCCGAGUUACUCGGGCGUGGGCACAGACGCACGAUUAUCGCACAGAAGACUAGAAGUGAGCAAACAGCUGAGGAAAAACGAAUGAGUCGUCGACGCGAAUUGUUCGAUCAACUCGUUACCAAUUCAACGAACCGACUGUCCGGUAUGAAGACAGACACCGGACCUGACACAAAGGCGAAAUCUACUGUGGCGUACAAAGGUGCUGGUCAAAUGCCCAAGGAAGACGAUAUCCGACGUCUGCGUUUAUUUGUUGAUAAAAAGUAUGAAACCGUCAUCUUACCAAUCUUCGGGCUCCCAACUCCGUUCCACAUAAGCACGAUCAAGAAUGUGUCCACUUCGAUUGAAGCGGAUUACACAUAUUUGCGCAUCAAUUUCCAUCACCCGGGGGCUAUAGUCGGUGCGAAAGAUGUCAGUGGAUUUCAGACUCCGGAAGCGAUAUAUGUCAAAGAAAUGACCUAUCGUGCAUCCAACUUACGGCGUCAUGGUGAGGCCACCAUUCCAGCUACAAAUCUGAACAAUACCUGUCGCAUUAUCAAAGAGGUCUUGAAGCGGUUCCGGUCUCGGGAGGCUGAGGAACGCGAACGUGCAGAUUUGGUUGAACAAGAUCAGCUGAUUGUGGACCAUGCCAAAGGGGCAUUCCGUUUGAAGGAUCUUUACAUUCGACCUAAUAUCGCAACCAAACGAAUUACUGGUACUCUCCAGACGCACACUAACGGUUUCCGUUUCACCUCCAUCCGUGGUGAUCAGAUCGAUAUACUGUAUAACAACAUCAAACACGCUUUCUAUCAGCCGUGCGACGGUGAGAUGAUUAUCUUGCUUCAUUUUCAUCUCAAAAACGCCAUUAUGUAUGGAAAGAAGAAACAACAAGACAUUCAGUUUUACACCGAAGUCGGGGAGUUGACCACUGAUUUGAGCAAAGCUCAUUCCCGAAUGCAGGAUCGUGAUGACUUGGAGGCGGAACAGCGAGAGCGUGAAAUGCGUGAGCAGAUCAAGACCGCAUUCCGCAGUUUUGUAGAUAAAGCCGAAGCUUUGGCUCGUCGUUACAAUUUGGAAUUCGAGACGCCUUUCCGGGAUCUGGGGUUCUACGGAUGCCCCCACCGCUCCACCGUGUUCCUGAUGCCCACCAGCAGUGCCCUGAUCAGCGUAACUGAACUCCCACCAUUUGUCGUUACUUUGGAUGAGGUGGAGUUUAUCAUGCUUGAACGAGUCACACUCUCUAUUCGCACUUUCGACAUGGUAUUCGUGUUCAAAGACUACACCAAGAAACCUGCGAUGAUCAACUCGAUCCCAAGCACAGCAUUAGAAUUGGUCAAAGAAUGGCUACUGUCCUGCGACCUGUACUAUGCAGAGGGGACGAAGUCACUCAAUUGGCCCAAGCUCAUGAAAUCCAUAUUGGACAAUCCUGAGGGCUUUAUCGAGGACGGGGGCUGGUCGUUCAUCUCUCCUGAAGAGGACGAUGAUGAAGAUGAAGAGAAUAGUGAAGAGGAGGACGAGAACUAUGCGCCUUCUGCGAGCGAACUUUCUGGUGAGGGCGAUGAGGAUGCAAGUGGAGCCGACUCGAGCUCAGAAGAUGACGAUGAUGAGGACUGGGAAGCUGAAGAAGAGUCAGAUGAACCGGAAAGUCUAGACUCGGAUGAGUCUGAAGGAAAGGACUGGGAGGAAUUGGAAGAGGAAGCUAAGCGCGAGGAUGCCAAAAACCUGCUUUUGGAUGAAGAUGACAGCAGCCGUCGUAAACCCUCCAAGAAACGCCAUCAUUCACCGGAUUCGCACAAAAAAUCUUCAAAAAAGCACAAGCAUCGAUAGUGUCUUGUCGAGUCGAAGGGAGAAGAAGCUUUUGUCCUCUGUUUUUCUCUCCUCCGGAUAGGUCCAAACGAGACGGUUCAUUUUAUUAUUAUUAUUACUACUACUACUAUUGUACACUGUAAUUUUCCAGAGUCUUACUGUGCAUUUAUCAAUCUUUCUGCUAAUGGCAC